ACAAUGAGCUGGAACUUCCUGACGAGUUUGUUGGAGGAGAUAUCUCUGCACUCGACGUACCUGGGCAAGCUGUGGCUCACCACGUUCCUGAUCUUGCGCAUCAUGCUGACGAUCGUGGCGGGAGAGUCAAUCUACCACGACGAGCAGAGCUCGUUCAUGUGCAACUCCCAACAGCCGGGCUGCACGAACAUGUGCUACGACACCUUUGCUCCCCUGUCCUACGUGCGCUUCUGGAUCUUUCAGAUUAUCACCGUGGCGAUGCCAAGCAUUCUCUACCUCGCCUUCGCCAUACACAGGAUACAGAGGUCUAGUGAAAAGGAGAUUUUUUACUUUGACUCCCGCGUCGUUAUCCGCAGGUCAGAAAGCUCGCGGGGCGACCAAGAAGGGGAGUUUGCCGACGAAACCGGCGCCGGCGGCGGCGAGGUCAAGAAGAACGACUACAGACGGCACGACGGGCGUCGCGCCAUCAGGGCCGACGGCCUCAUGUGGGCCUACGCGCUGCAGCUCGUCCUGCGCACGGUGGCCGAAGCGGGCUUCCUUCUGGGCCAGUACGUGAUGUACGGCUUGGAGGUGAUCCCCCGCUUUGUGUGCCCCCGCCGCUACCCCUGCGUCCACUUCGUCGACUGCUUCGUGUCGAGGCCCACGGAGAAGACCGUCUUCCUGCACGUCAUGUACGCCGUGGGCUGCCUCAGCCUGGCUCUCGACCUGGCCGAGAUGUGGCACCUGGGGAUGGGCGCUCUCAGGGACGUGCUGCCGGGCAGCCGAGCCAAGCGCCGGCAACGGAUUGCGAAGGGCAAUCCUCUUCCUCCUCCUCCCCCUCCUCCUCCUCCCGACGCGGCCGAGACGGAGGACGCCGCCCCCCGGCGGAUGGCGAUAACGGCGGCGGAUGCGUUGCAGCUGCAAGGCUACCUGCGCGCGAUAGAGCGGCGGCUGGACCUGACGAUUUCCCAAUCGCCCCGACGGGCCAGGGCAGCCUGGGGACACGGGGAGAGCGGAACAGGGAGAGGUGGGGCAGGCGGAGAGGGAGCACGGCGGGGGUCUCCGGCCUCACACUCGGCCGCGGUGGCCGUGAGCAGAAGCCCCCAAGUGCAGCCGGGAAAGAAAUACAAAGCGGCGGCGGCAGCAGCAGCAGAGGAAGUGGAAGAUUCCGGAGAAAAACAAGAAGAGUACUACAACUACCACUACUACCACACGUACCGGCGACGGCCACUGGAAAAGCCGGCGCCGCUGACGGCGCAGAGCCCCCGGGACGCAGCGAUCGACGCGGGAUCAAUCUUCGCCGGGCCGGCGGCGGCGGUGGUGGUGGUGGGUUCCGUUGAAGGCUCCGCGGUCGGGCUGACGGCAGCGCCGAACCCAGAGAGACGGCGAAGGGUCCCCCUCAGGGAGUGA